AUGUUGGAGGACGGACUGGUCGAUGAAGCUCAGCAGCAGCCUGGAGGAAUCAUGGUGCAGCAGGCGCCGAUGGUGAAAAUUGAACCGGGAACCGGGAGUAAGCAGACUAGGAGUCGAAAACCUACGGGUAAGGGCAGUGUGCGUGUGUGCCCAACCUGCCGCAAGAGACACUCGGGACAGUGUCGACAAUUGAUGGGUACUUGUUUUACUUGCGGUGAGAAGGGUCACAUGGCUAGUAACUGUCCGAGGAAAGGAAGCGACACACGAGUGUGCUACCAAUGUGGACAGGUGGGUCACACUCGGCCAGACUGUCCGCAGUUGGGAACGCAAGGGCAGAAACGGGCCAGCAAGGUGCUGUCGUUGCCACCACCGCCGAAACGGCCAGCGAUUAUGCCUAGGGUGUAUUCGAUCGCGGACGGGCAGGUGGAAGCGAGCACUUCACGGUAG